AUGUCUACACUCUCAUCAGUGUCGAGCCGAAGCACAUAUGAUGAGGAGACGGAGCAUUUGAUGAACCCUGUGGCUAAUGCCUCGCAGGCUGACGAGUCACUCUGCCAGGAAACUACGGAACCGAUGACACAGAAACUAUCACAGGCGCCCUACGCCGUUAAUCGUACCGUAACAGAGGUGACGACAAUGGGGCAUGCCGUUCGCGUCCCUCAAGCACUGCGGGCGGCUACACGGCGUACGAUGCUUGAUGUUAUCACUCAGCUGCGGCGCCAGAAAGAUAAGGAUGCAGCUAGUUUUCCUGGAGCUUGUCUUACAUUGCAGCCCUCAUGCAACACACGAACUGAACUUGACAAUAGCGGCAUUCUGGCAGUCACGGAUGCAGCGGCUCCUUCUCUUCUCUCCAAUACAACUCAGAUGGUAACGAGCAAGACAAACACGCUACAUUCAGACCUCAGUCGGAGCCUUCGCCACCUUAUACCUUCCUACCGCGCUAUGUCAGGAGGUUUGGAAGGGCAACACGAGCAAGCUAUAAACGAAGACAACAUUUCUGACUUUGACGAUGACAACGAGGUUGGUGAGCGUCCAUGUCAACUGCCGCAACGGGGCUCCUUGGAAAGACUCUCCACAGCCGGUCGUUUGCCUCAGCGGCGCUCGUAUGAUUCUACGGUCUCCGAGGAGAAUACGAGACGGUAUACAGAGCAUCAUCGGGCAUGGGUAAGGCUAUUCGAGCUUGACGACUCGCAGCUAGAAGAACAGGUCGGGGGUGCAGAACAAACCACUGUGUUGCCGGCGGCGAAGGGCACACCUGCACCUCGCACCUCCACGAACUAUUCUUGCCCAAGCGCAGGUGUUGUUCAAAGUUUUUUGACAGAAGCUGAAGAUGAGUUGCGACAGACGACGGGCAGCCGUACGUCGCUAGCAACUCUACUCAGUGAGGCAGAAACCCGCGAUGAAGAAGCUUGUGCCCAGUCCGUAACAGUUGCCGGUUGUGUCUCAAAUACUGAUGAGAGGCUGCGUCGGUUCACAGAUAUGUUGCCUGCGGAGGAGGCCAAAGACAAUCAUAUGCCUUCUCGUCGUUCUCUUGGGAAACCUGUGUUUUUUACGACGAUUCCCACAAAUGGUGGUGGCGCAUCGGUGUCAGCGGCCUUUGCACUGUUGCAAGGUGCCGCAAAGCGAGUUGUGGGCCGUGGGGGAAUAAACGCAGUGCUAAAGCAAUUGUCGGAGAAUCCGACAUCAGCACGUGUUGUUGCGUAUCUGGCGCACUCCUUUGAGGAUUGGAAGCUAGAUGCCGCCCUCAUACAUCGUGCAGACGAAGAAACCGAACCGCAUGAUGUAGCCUCCGUCGGGCCCAGUUUGCUCGAGUCAAGCGGUGUGCAGCUUAAACUACUUGUGAAGAUGGUGGAGAAUGCCUUUUCUCUCUACUGCGUACGGUGUGAGGUGGUGUGGGCAGAUGCACAAACGUCAAGGGAGCUUUGUUGUGACCCAGGUGCGGCGGAUGUUAUCAAAUCCGUACGGGAGCAGCAGGGCGAUGAGCAGGAAGGAGGAGGAGUUGAAGAGGUAGUGGGGCAUAAUGCUUCAACUGCAGCGGCGAUAUGGACCGUUGUUCUCACGACGGCUGCAUUCCGCUCCACCCCCGUCGUUGUGGGGAGGCAUCUUUAUUUGGCAAGGCCCUUUUUUUGUUACCCUGCCAUCUGUGCCAUCGUUGCCUCGCUGAACGUCACCUCGGACGCGGCCGUGCAAAAGGCGCAUUCAAUAACCCGCCGCCAGCGUCGACCACGCGACGCGGAUACGUUGGAGGCGCACACCGGCGGUCGCGCUCAAGGUGGCGGCGAUCCCUGCGGCGAGGAAAUGUCGGUUGGUGCCACAACACCGCAACGAGCCUGUAGGUCGUCUGCAUCGUUGACGGCCGUCUCGCCGUUCCGGGCGUAUGACCCAUUUGUCAACCCACCGACAAAUUUGUUUCGCAAGAACACGGCUGCUUUGGGCUCCUCAACGACAAUCUCGCAGGGCCUCCUCCAGCGGUCUGCCUCCACGCCACGAAAGACCACAGUGAACUUGGAGGGUGAUGCUCGCGGCCGACUUGUGGCUGCCCGGUCGCAGGUGGUGGUGACCUCUGACCCCAUCGGAAUGCACUUUCCCCGUGGUCCCGGUGAGGAGUGGGACGUGCCACUGGAGAUAUUACUGUCGUUGUGCCCACCGCGCCAACGAACAGGCUCGAAAGAGCUAGGGACGGAUGGCAGUGAGACGAACAAUCCAUCCGUAACACCUAGAAGAAUCUGCAACAAAGAGUCCUCCUCCCUCUCCUCCCCCUCUUCUAUUGACGUUGCGGCGUCUUCGCGUGCACUGAUGUCCCAGCCAGAGGGGGAGAACCGCUGUGACAGAAUUCUGUUAAACGAUUAG